UUGCCCAAUGUUACAGUUUAAAAGCAAUUGCAUUCGUGGAGUCUCGCUCGCCUGGCCAAUUACUCGUAUGAUGGCGGGGUUAGCUGCUCGUUUACUUUUUUAUCCCUCUCUCGCUUAUAACAUUUUCAUGGAGAAAGUGACCGGGAGACGAUGGUAUGACAGGAUCGACGAGACAGUUAUUCUCGGAGCGCUGCCUUUCAAGAGUAUCACGAAAGAGCUGGUUCACAAGCAUAAUGUUAGAGGAGUAAUCACUUUGAACGAAGCAUGGGAAAUUAAGAGCCUCUGCUAUUCAGAACAGGAGUGGAGGGAAGCUGGUGUGGAGUGGUUACAUCUGGCAACUGUGGAUUUCACUGGUGUUCCCAGCCUUGAGCAACUACACAGGGGUGUGUCAUUUGCCCUGAGACACAGGACGAGUGGAAGUAGUAUCUAUGUCCAUUGUAAAGCAGGACGGUCUCGGAGUGCCACUCUGGUUGCAGCAUAUUUAAUAAAGGUGCACUGCUGGACCCCUGAAGAGGCUCGCCAUUUUAUAGCUUCAGUACGUCCACAUAUUCUUAUCCGUCGAGGACAGAUGGCAGUACUGCAUCAGUACCACCGUGAAACUUGCCUUGAGGAUUCUUCCUGAGCAUUAAUGGAGAGUGGUAGAAGUUUCUUCCUGAAUUAGGAAGAAAGCAUGGAUUUUUUUUAUAUUAAAAAUUGUAUGUGUUACACCUAUUUCAGGUUCUUGUAAAAUUAACACAAUUUUAAUAAUGAAGGGCAGCACUUAUUAGUAAGUGGUGUGGAGAUGUCUUCUCAGUGUAGAAGAUUUGGUUUUGAAUAACCCUAUCAACCACUGCUGACUGAAUGUUCUCUCCACAUCUGUAUGGUUGUUUUUUCCCAAAGUCCCAAAGACGUGAAUGUUAAGUUAAUGUGUGACUCUAAGAUGACUUGAAUAUGCUGGUUAAUAGUCUUGUACUUGGUAAACUAUGGCUCCUUGAGAUCAUAAUACUGAAUUAAGCAAGUUUAAUAAAUGUGUGAACGUUAGGUUUGCUCAUAACAAACCAAGAAAGUCACAACAGCAUCUAUAGUAAUUAUUAAUGAAAACUUGUUUAUCCAACAAUAAGUUUACAUGUUUAGGACUUGUAGACUAACAAUUUUAGACAUAUUCUAUAAGACAAUAAAUCUGUAACUGUGUUGAGCUCUACUAAAAGCGGUAGGUACCCUAUCUAGUUUCUGUGAGGUGGCUGUUCAGUUUACCCCCUUGAACACACUUUUCCACACUCUUCUCUUUUGGCUUCUCUCACUUGUUUGUUUUCCAUCAAAAUUUGCUUCUCCUUUUCCUUGCUGUGUAAGAUAUUGCCACCAGGAGAACAGGCUUCUUAAAUCCCCAUCAGUGAAGUACUUUCAGUUAAACCAGGGAUUGGCCUCUGUAAAACUUAAGGGGCUGUACUUCCAUAGUUCCUCUAGUGGCCCCAGGUAUUCUUGCAAGCUCAUCAGCCCUUUUACUGUAUAGUCUUUGGAGAUGAACAAUACCCUUUCCUGCAUUCCACACUGUCCAUCCAUUAUUUAUUUAUUUAUUUAUUUUUUAAAUUUCACACUAUAAGGAUGGGCCUCUUACCUUAAUAUCAUAAUUCCUAGUCAGACCUUGUCUAGAUUGACACUGGAUAAGUAGACAAGACUUGAUAAAUCUGUUUACCCAAAUUAACGUAAAGCAACGUUGUCAUUCUGAUUUCCUUGAUUCACUAUUAUGGGAAGUUUUUAUACUUUGUUCUAAAGUUCAGGAUCUGAUGUAUGAAUAGUUUAUUGUGGCAUAUAUUGACAUGCAUAGUUGUUAUGUAACAUUUUAAUUUUAAACAUUUUGAUUUACUGAUAGAGAAAACCAUAGUCCAUUUUUACUGUAUACAAUAAAUUAUUUUAUUCAUAGAUUCAGUUUCCAUUUAGAAGCAAGUUGGUUCUGCUUUAACUAGAAGGCAUUUUCUCAUCAGUUAACAGUCCUUUCGUACUUAAUUUAGAAUCUAGUAGAGACCAGCAUUCCCAGAAUAGUCCUGCUGGACCUGACUUAAAGGAUUAUGCUCAUCAUCAUAUGCUCAGUCCUGUGUGACUUGCAUUUCAUUUCCUGUUUAUGAUGUGUGUUUAACAAUAUUUUAGCAAAAAAUGCAUGUGUUUUCCAUGUUUUGAGCAAAUGACUGGUUAACUGAAAUGUGAAUUAUGCAAGAUUUUUUUUUUUUCCAUAAAUAUUUUGUAUAUUGUUUGCAUUUUCAUCAUUGGCUUGUACUAUAUCAUCAUCUUUAUCUUUGUUCUCCUUGAAAAAUUUUUUUUUAUUGUAAUCACUGAAAAUAGGGUAAAUGAUAAUUCACACAUGUACUUUUUGGGUGGAGUAUUCCUUUAAAUGUUUUGCAACAUAGUAAGUUACUGGAGGUCAACGAACAAAGACGCUGUAAUAAAAUAAUUUAAACCUUGAAA